AUGCACCGGUGCCUUCCGCCCGCGUGCCUUCCCAUACCCUUUACUCACCAAUGCCCGCGUGCCUUCCCAUACCCUCUACUCACCAAUGGCCCGCGUGCCUUCCACCCUUUACUCACCAAUGCCCGCGUAUUCCCAUACCCUCUACUCACCAAUGCCCGCGUGCCUUCCCAUACCUUACUCACCAAUGCCCGCGUGCUUCCCAACCUCUACUCACCAAUGCUCCAUACCCUCUACUCACCAAUGCCCGCGUGCCUUCCCAUACCUCUACUCACCAAUUGCCCGCGUGCCUUCCCAUACCCUCUACUCACCAAUGCCCGCGUGCCUUCCCAUACCCUCUACUCACCAAUGCCCGCGUGGCGCCCGCUGCCUUCCCAUACCCUCUACUCACCAAUGCCCGCGUGCCUCCCAUACCCUCUACUCACCAAAUGCCCGCGUGCCUUACCCUCUACCCAAUGCCCGCGUGCCUUCCCAUACCCUCUACUCACCAAUGCCCGCGUGCCUUCCCAUACCCUCUACUCACCAAUGCCGCCUUCCCAUACCCUUACUCACCAAUGCCCGCGCGCUUUCCCAUACCCUCUACUCACCAAUGCCCGCGUAAUUCCCCAUACCCUCUACUCACCAAUGCCCGCGUAA